GUAGCAUUUAAAGUGUCAGAAAUGUCAUUUGCAGUCUCCUGAAAUACUGAAAAAUUUCUGAAGAUCUUGAAAAAUAGAAAGCUUUUAGUGUCUUUACUGUCAUAACAAUUGAGAUGGGAAUAGAAAUCUUCACAUAAAUUGCAAUCUAAAAUAAUAUUGUUUAGUGAAAAUAUAGUUAAAAUCUAUUUCAAACAACCGUAAGGAGUGCAAGCUGAAUGCCUUCCGUUGUCGCAAUAAUCAACAUUUUCUAAGCGAAAAAAAAGCAACCUUUCUAAGUGUCAUCCCGGUGGUUAACAUUUAGAUUUCAUUCCAAUCGUUUUUUUCGAUUUGAUCGAAUUUAACGAUGAGCAACCGGGAUCGAAACAAUCGAAAAUCGGGCAUAAGUGAUUCAAAUCGUCAUAACAAAUAUCAUUCAAACAAAUGGAAAAACAAUUGGGGUAGAAAUUUUAAUAAUUAUGGCAACAGCAAUUACCGUAAUACUGACUAUGGAUCUGGUCCUUCGGACAAUAGAUACGGAAACAAUUGGAAUCAAACACUUCCGAAUCCAUGGGACACUGACUGGUUCAACAAUCAACAGCAUCCCAAUUUUACAAAUAACCACUACACUGCAAAUAACUUUAACAUAGCACCGGGACUGGGUGUAAAUUUCUCACGAACAAAUCGAUCAAAGAAUCUCAAAGAAAAGCCGGACCGUUCCAGUGACCGCAAUUUUACACCAAAAACUCAAGAUUCAAACGCCACCUACCAAUCGGUGGACAAAAAUCCAAAGAAAACCGUCAAAUCUAACAAAGACACUCCGUCAACGGUGACAUCGUCCAGUAGUCCAAGUACAACUCAACCGUGUAGUUCAAAUUCCCAGCCGUGCAGUUCAAACUCAAUUGAGAAUGUGGCCAUCGAUGCGUCAAAGCCGCACGAGCAACACAGUGCCGAACAGGUCACCAAGAAGCUGAUCCAUCAACUGACCAGCAUGAACAAGCACAAUUUGAAACAAAUGAUAAACAAUCCGAGUUCCAAAUAUGAAACGGCACUGCAAACGCACGCAAGAAAUCGAAUGCGUGCCGAAAUGCGAACCAAAUUGCAGAACAUGAGCUCGAAUCAGGAGAAUCAGCUGGUGAACAAUGUUUUGGACACAGAGGAAAGUGUGGACAUGGACAAAAUUCCCGACAACGUUUUCGAUGAAAUCGGUCGGGUGUUGGAUAUAAAUCUGCUGGGUCAAGAGGACAAUUCGAAUAAGAAAUACAAUGACUCGGACGACAAAGAUAAAGAGCAGAUCGCCUAUCCGGAAGAUUUGUUCCUGCGAGCCGAGAAACUUUUAAUGGAAAAUUCAAUUCUAUUUUUGGAGGAUCGUCUGAACGACUCGAUGUUGAACGGAGAUCGAUUAGAGGAAGAUCGAACUCCGAUCAAAAUCAAAAACGAAAUCAAAGAAGAACCAGAUGACAUUAGCGACGAUAACUUCUUCGAAAUUCAAGAAAGUGCCGGCGAUACGUUCCUGUUAAACGACUUGGUAUUCGAGGAUCGUGGCGGAUCCACCCCGUUGCGUAAUGACCAUUUUGAUGAGCAAUUGAAUGAAAUGGGUGAUAAGGAUGAAACGACCACAGUAAGUCAUCGUGGUGAGGAUGAAAAUAGCGGAGAAUUGGUUCGGACUGUGAAAGAAGAGAUUAGUGAAAUAGACUUCUACGAACAGACAACCAACAAUAACGUUAAAGACAUCUUACCAGAUCCAUCCACGAAGAAUUCGAUGCAGCCAUCGUCAAAAUUGUACAAAUCUCCAGAUAAGCAAAGAUCUACCCAAUGCAGCCCUUCUGCAAAUAGCCACAAAACCAUCACAAGUGACGACUUCAAAGCCUUAUUGGCAAAUGUGAAACAAGAAUUUAAUCGAGAGACUGAAUCGAAUAGCAGCACAACCAUUCACAAAGUCAAUCCGUUUGCUGUUUCUGCUACUUCACAACAACCUCCGAAGAAAAAUGAUUUAUUCACCAAACUGCAAAAUAGUGGAGCGUUUGAACCAACUUCUGUCAAACGACGAGUUGACUCAAAAUUGGAAUCAACCGACAACAAGCGCGACAGCCUGUACUCACGAAAAAAGAAGAAAAAACACAAAUCUCGGUCCCGCUCGCUACGGUCUCGUUCGCGAAGUUCGAGUCGGAGUCGAAAUUCCCGUAGAUCGAAGAAAUCAUCUCGCGAUCGUAGUCGACGGCGAGACGACACCUCACAGUAUAGCAUGCCCAGCGACACAAUGGAUUCGAGAGACAAAGUGGCCAACAUUGAACUCUGUAAUGAUUCGUCAGCUCAUACAUUCGAUCAGAAUGACGAAUCUAGCAGUAAAUUAGUGGAAUAUGACGAACCGAUGGUAGAAAGUAAUCAAGAUAAGACUGACCCGUCUAUUCAGGCGAUUCAAGUAGCUUGCAUCGAUGUUUUGACAACAAAAACUGUAGAAGCUCAGCCAGACAUGGAACCUACGGAUUGUGACGAAGUAAUUGCUGCAGAAGAAUCCAUUUUAGACAAUCAUAGCAAAUCACCAAAUAACUUUUUGGAUGCACAGAGUAUGAUCCCAUCCGAUGAUUUGAUAAAUUUGAACAAAGGAAUUGAUCUUAACUCAUCCGACCAGCCUAACUUAGUUCAGUCCAAUUCGAUAUCGAAUAGAGAAACGGAAAACGUGACUACAACGGCCCAGCGCACUAUUGCGGAAUCAGUAGAAGAAAUAGUUCCAGAAGCAACAGAAAAAGUCACGAAAAUGGUCGAAGAUACCGUUGCGGAAACAGUAGAGGAAAUAGUGGAUGAAGCUGCGGAAAAGUUUAACGGAGCUACUGCCGAACCUUUAACGAAGACAAACACAGGAACAUUAGAUGUAACAGUCAAAGAAACGGUCGAAGAAACUGCCAAUUACAUACUCAAUAACACUGUCUGCGACAAAGUUGAAGACACCGCGUCGGAAGCAGUUGAAGAUAUUACAGGAACAAACUCUGCGGCAGUAAUAUUUCCGAAACCUGUUACAGAUAGAGUUGAAAACGGCCAGACGAUAGAGCCCACCGCAGAGGUAUCAACGGAAAUGAUUGUAGAAGAAUCGACGUCAAUCGGUUCAAAUUCGCUAGAAAAUUCAAUUGCGCUGAACAGUGAAAGUCAAUCAUCUGUGCCUGACGAUGCCAUGGAAUCGAAUCAAACUCAGAAAAAUAACAUUGUUGCCAUCAGGAAAAUUGUAUUGAAGCCAUCCUCAUCUCGCCAUCAAAAAAGCAGUUCGAAGCAUAGAUGUGAAAAGGAGCGUCAUGUGGCAUCGAGCCAUAAGGUCAAGAAGCUGGACACCAGCUCCCAAUCGUCGAAGAAAUCCGAUCAUAAAGACAACUCGAGCGGCGCAUCGAUGAUUAAACAUUCUCAUAACGACCAACCGCACAGAGUAUGGAGGUCAGCUGGCGAAAAGAAGUGCAUCGAACCAUCCACGAAGUCGACUCUACGCAGCAUUGACAUUUUUGACCCUACUCGGCCGGUCGAACUGUUAAAAGUGAUCGAACCGGCUAAGCCACCAGUGGAAUCGAAAUGUGCAUCAUCACCACGGAAAGAGCGCGGUAAAAGUCAAUCACAUACGGCAAUGAAGUCGCCGAUCAGUGUUGGUCAGGCACGAAACGAGUCGAAAAAGUCCAGUCAGUCGACGCCAGUGAAAAAGGGAAAUUCAAUUGCAAUAAAGGAGAAACUCAGUCCAAUGCAUCGUAAUCACGUAACUGUCGAUAGUAACAAUAAAUCUUCAUCGGUUACCGAAUCAACUCUAGUUAAUCAAGUUACUCAUUCGCUUUCCGAUUCGCUGAAAAUGCCGAUUGACGGUAGUGUCAUUUUGCAGCGAAUGAAAGACAUCGAUUUGAAAAUGAUGGAGAUGAUGGUGAAGAAAAGUGUCAUCGACGAAAAGAUCAUGAAUUUACACAAGGAGAAAAGUGACAUCGAUCAGGCAACAAUGAAGUUGCAACAUGAACGAUUUUCCUUGCUCACCUCACUGCUGGCAACAAACAGUACAACUGGUCAGAGAAAAUUAUGUGAACUACCUCGAAACAAGAGCAACAUUGAACCGAAAGUGGUUGAACUAUCGUCCGAUGACGAAGUGUUGAUGGUUGGAACGCCAAUGAAAAAAAGUUCGUCGAAGACUUUCCGAACCAACGCACCGCACAAUUCAAAGCGGAAACUUGACGACGAUGCCAAAGCGGACGGUGUUGAUGGUACAAAGUGUAAAAAGCUAAAGAUUAAUUUGAAUUCACUCAAGUCAUUAGCGAACAGCAAAGGUAAUGCGCGAAGCCAUGUUGAUUGUGACGAAAUGCAAAGUGACCUUAAAACAAAAAUGUUAAACACUACUCGGCGGUGCACGGUUCGAUUAACAAAAUUAAGUGCGAAGAAGAUUAAACUACUGAUCGGCAGAGCCGAAACGGAAACGGUAGAUGGAGGUGAUGCCGAUGGACGACUCAAGAAUGAUGUUGAUCCGUUACACAAAUUGACAUUCGAUGGAAAUUUUCGUGGUCACCGACUGCCCAUCGUCCAUUUACAGGUCAUUGAUGGUUUUCUGAUAGCCGCAUCGGAGGAUAGCAAUCUGUACAUGCACGAUCUGGUAACGGGUAAACUUUUGGGAACAUUCACCGAGCAUGCCAAAACAGUUACAAAUUUCAUCGUAACCGAAACCAAUCACAUCUAUUCGGUGUCACUGGACGGCUGUUUGAAGAAGUUAAGCAUAAAAAAAUUCGAUGAGCAACUUUUAUCGGUAAAUGUUGGUGAAGCACUACAGGUUAUGGAUUAUUCAUGGGAUACCGUAUUCAUUGGCAGCAGAAGCGGCAAAAUUUACAUUUUUAACACCAAGACGGACACCCUUGCCGAUGAAUGUUUGUGUUCUGUGGGAAAAUCGAUCAUGGCAUUGAAGGCAACCAAAGAAGGUCCACGCAAAAUUCUAAUAGCAUCAUCUCGCUGCCACAAUAUUAGCGUUCGUGAUGCCAUUUCCGGGCUGCUGCUACGGACGAUUGAAGUGCCCGACAAGUUAACUAUUUACAGUAUUCUAUUAGACGGCGGUCAAUUGUACUGUGGAACGAAUAAGAAUCUAGUUUUUCGUUACGAGUUUACGAGUGGCGCCGAAAUUAGUCGCAUCAAAUUGGGAACAGGAACGAUUUGCUUGAAGUCCUACAAAAAUUCUUUAAUCCUUGGAGGCUGCUACGACGGAUACAUUUAUGCGUACGACACAAAAAAUGAAAUCCAAUUGAGUCGAUUUCCCGGGCCGGGUAAAAUGCUGCUACAUUUCGAUGUUUUCAAGGACAAUAUUAUCGCCGCUGCGAAAGAUAAAUCGUUAUGCGUUUUAGAAGUUCCCCAUGAUAUUGUUUCUCACGAGUAAUUGAAGGAAGAAGAAAGAAAAAAGAAAUCCAUAGAUCAAAUGCACUAAGGGCUGUGAUUCUUCAUAUGAAAAAUUAUAAUCAUUAAAUUAAGUACCUUGGCACACCGUAUAAUGUUCUAAGAGUGUUACAGAUUCUUACAAAAAACAAACAUACAAAACAAAAACAAAAACAAAAAAAUAAAACAAAACAACCAAAACCAAAUCGUGAACCUUUGAUUCGCAGAUCUGUGUGAACCGUCAGUUAGAUAUUUUAGACGGAAAGACGUUUGGCAGACAUUCGUUUCACCAUUGUAUGGAACCGAGAACAUUUUGUAAUUUGAACUGAUCGGUUAAUUUCAAAAGUCGUUAUGAUCCUGUUGUCAUGAAAUAAAUAAAUUGUUUUUAA